GGCGGGAAGGAAGACGCCAUAGCCCGCGAGCGAGCGAGCGAGAGAGAGAGAGAGAGAGAGAGAGAGAGAGAGAGAGCAGUAACAGGAGCGCAAACUAGCUUGCCACGUGUUUCACUCGAGAACGGCCUAAAUCGUUGACGGACAGCGUCGUCCUCGAGGCCAAACGGUGAUCGGAUGGCGAAUCAUACAAACGCGGACUUGAUGACGAAUGAUAGCGGGCGGCUUUAAGAUAUCAGGGUACUGUGGCUGACUGGCGAUCAGUAAUCACAUCUACCGGAUUUCAAAUUUCAGGGAGAAAAGGCGGGCAAAGAACGAGAGAGCAACCGGCACAAAAAGGGAGAAGAGGGGGGGGGGGGGGGGGGGGGGGGGAGAGAGAGAGAGAGAGAGAGAGAGAGAGAGAGAGAGAGAGAGAGAGAGAGAGAGAGAGAGAGAGAGAGCGGAGGUACGGAGGAGUACGAAGACAAAGUGAAGGGGCCAUAAGAUGAGUCUAAGUAUAGCCUGCCGCCACGUGGCAUUCCCGUCAGUGAGUUCCGCGAAGCAUAGUAUUUUCGUUGAUGACGCAUCUAAUCAUGCAAUGUUACGUCCUAGUUCCUCCACCUGUGCGCAUCUUCCACGUAUGCGAUUCUCCUCUCGACGAUGGACGUGUAAGAUUGCCGAGCCUUCUGGAAAGCGAGCUCCCAUGGGGAUAAAAACCAGGUACAAGGACACGUGGCUGGUCGUGCAAUGGCUGUUUGCGCAGAAAAUGUCGCAGAUCAUUGGAAGAAAGGGCGGAGUGAACGGAUAUGAUGGGUUCGUGGACAUCUCUAGAGCGGUCAUGCUUGGUCGGACUCGAGCGCAAAUGCAGGCAGUUGCUAGAGAAGUUUUGAUGUCCCUUCUACCACCUAAAGCACCCGAAAUGAUUGGAGGCUUCCUCCAGCCCCCGGCCUCCUGCGCCCUCUGUGGGCAAAAUUGGAGGCUGUCGAGGUUGAGGCCAACAUCAGGCAAUGGACGACACAACCACUUCAAAGCUUUCCUCGCAUUGGAUAAAAUUCCGCAAUCAACAAGCAGUAUAAUGGGCACAAAAUUUAAUCCGGGACCAGCUGGAAAUCCUCACUGGACCAGGUGUGCUGUGACUAGGGCAUUGGGCUCUGGUGUUCCGGGCUCCUCGGACUCUGUGGAUUCUAAGAACGAAACAUCAGAACCACGAGCUGCUGAGUAUGACAGCAGAAGCAGUAGCUGGGAAGGACAUGCUCCAAGCGAAGAAGAGGAACUGGCCCCUCUUGAUGAUGAUGCCUUGGCUCGCCUGCUUGUCGUGGUGGGUGCUGGAUCAAGAAGCCCUUUUGAUGGUGUUCCCUGGGAGGAGGUGAUGACACACACUGGUCAACGGCUUCGUUGGAUAAACCCUAAAUUUAGAACAGAUGUGUUCACUGAUGAUGUUCUCAGAGCAGAACUCCGCCAGUCCAGGUCUCCGACUGAUGGAGAUGAAUCCCCAAGUUCCCGACAACGGUUCCAGUCUGCCUUGGAGAAAGCGGAUGUCGUGGUUGUAGUGGAAGUCCGAGACGAGGAGGCUGCCACUUGUCUCGCACGAAUGGUGCGGUCCCGAUCUGUGGACACGUUCUUGGCACUCGACUCUGCACCGCAGCCGCUGAGCUGUGUUCGCCUGGGAGGCAUUCAGUUGACAUCAGCAGCGCAGAGUGCUGUGGCACCUCAUCAACAAGGUGUCACGGGAGAGGAGGAGAAGGGUGUGACUGCAGAUCUUUGCCAGCUGCUGAAAGAGGAAAGGGAGGAGGAGGGGGAGGAAGAAGCAGGACAAACACUGCUUGGGUCGUUGGCUAUGGCCUUGCCAUGGACUUCCGCUGCUAAGAAGAUGAAGGCUGCUCAACGGACAAGCGAGACAGUGCAGCAAGCCUGGGAGCGGCGAAAGGCUGAUGACGUGCUCUUCGUGUUGAUGCUGCUGAUAGACAGCUACGUGGUGGACAUCCCACAGCUGAAAAACCUAAGGGCCAACAAUCUUUCAGCUCUGUGGUGUAUGGUAACGAAGUGCGGGCCCAAGAUUGCAGCUUGUCUGGCGGAUCCUACGUGCAGCAAGGCUCUAGAGUGUCUGAACAAAUGCCCUCCCAACGAUCAAGUGUGCAGCUACAGAUGCCUGGUCUCGUACGAGAGUCCUUUGUUGGAAGACUUUUCUCUGUGCAUUUUGCAGAAAAAUAACUGCCUGGGCUUGAGUGCAGAGAUCCCCUCCUCUCCUGAGGUCCAGCCCAUGACCUCGUUUAGGGGCCACCCACUGACCCACGAGAUGGCUGAAGACCUGUUCAUAGGAUGGCUGGGAGAGGAGGAGUACAGUUGGAGGGUCGUGGCUGGACAGAAUGCGGCGUACGACCAGUUCCCAUGCCAGUACCAGCUGUUUUACCGCGGGAGAGCUCGGAAUGCGAUGUGGUAUGAUCCAGUGUUUCAGGUGCGGACUUUGGACCAGCAUGUCGUCUGGCGCCGACGACAUUACCGCGUCCGCAGAGCCCAGGUUCCCGGUACCUUCCACUUCUCCGUGCUGGACAAUGGGGUUAUCUCACUGGAGUAUUGGCGAAUAGUGGAUGUGGCAGAGGACUUGUCAUGGGCAUUGUUCUACUAUGCUGGAGCUGCGGCUGCAGCGGGGCAAUCAUACAUGGGUGCGGUCCUCUGCACUCCAGAUGGGAAAUGGCCUAGAGAAGAGAGCGAGGAAAGAAUUCUACACGCUCUAGAGAGCACAGGAAUUAAGAAAUGGGAAAUGUACAGGGUCGAUAAUUCGAGCUGCCAAAGCGCACCUCUAGGAAUUGAUAGUAAAGUGGGGGUCAUUCCUCUGAGUUCCAAUCUGAGACUGCCUCCCUUAUCAUUUCCUGCUGUCGUCAGUGUUAAUGAUCCCUCCUGACAAUCUCUCUCGCAAAGACUUCCUCUGUCUGACUUAAUGGCUGCAAUGCUGUGCUCUGCACAGCCCCCAACUUUGUGUCCCCUUGGCGUCUGUCCCUUGCUUGUCCAGACCCCCUCCUUGUGUAUCGUUCCAAUGCUGGCUGACUCUCCUGCUUACAGUCCUCUUUCUUCCAGGGGAUGGCUGCUCUAAGGUGACCUGGAUGGAUGCACAUAUGGUAGUUCAAGAUAUUGGUAGGAAGUCUUGUCUCUCUUAGGUAGUUACUGCUGUUCAUUGAACCCAAAAUCAGCCUUCCGCUU